AUGGAUGUUUUAAAUAAAGAUUUUUCAAAUGCUACUAGCUUAAAGAGAGCAGAUUAUUUAAAUAACGAAAAUGAUAUAAUUAACAUAGAUAAAGAUAAAAUAAUAAAUGGUGAUAUUUUUAUUAAUAUAAGUUCUUCUAAUAAAUCCAAUGAUGUAAAUAAUUUGUACCAUGUAAAUAAUAUUCAAAUCAUAAAUAAAGAUAAUAAAACAAAUAACAUAAAUAAUACUCAUCAUCAAAUUAAUUAUGAGGAAAUAAAUAAUUUUUGUAAUAAUAAAGAAGAGUUAAAAAAAAUUAAUAAUGAGAUAGAGAUAGUAUAUUCUUAUAUAAUAAAUGAUUCUAAAAACAUUAACUCUAAUAAUGAAUUAAUAACUGUAGAUAUAUCAACUGAUGAAGAUAAAUAUAUUUUUAGAAAAACAGUAAAAAAGUUACCUUUUUUUAGAUACGGGCAUUUUUUGUGCUUAACAAAAAAUGGCUGCAUAUUAGCAAUUGGUGGUACAGAUGGAAAGAAAAAGUAUGGGAUUGUUGAAAAGUAUUGUCAAGAAAAUAAAAAAUGGAAACAAAUAAAUAUAAUGCACUUUUCAAGAUCUAAUUUUUGUGGAAUAUGCACUGAUGAUAAUGAUCUUUUUAUAUUAGGGGGAGAAGGUGAUCAAAGUAUUUUAAGAAGUGUUGAAUAUUUUGACAGUAAAAUUAAUGCAUGGAGAUCAUUGCCACCUCUUAAUUGUGUAAGGCAUUCAGCAAGUGCUACUAUUUUUCAAAAUUUCAUUUUUAUCAUUGGAGGAAAAGAUGGAAUUGGAGACUAUGGAAAGGUUCACAAAAGUGUAGAAAUGCUAAAUUUAAAUGAAAAAAAUAUGAAAUGGGUUAUGUGCAAGCCUUUAAAACAAGCACGUCUUGGAUUAGCUACAAUAGUUUUUAAGAAUAAAAUAUAUGCAAUUGGUGGAUCUACCGGUGUAAAAAAUUUGAAUUCCGUUGAAAUUUAUGACUUAAAUACUAAUAAUUGGAUAGAAGGCCCCAAUUUGAAUUUUGCGCGUUCAAAUUUAGUUGCAUUUAUUUGGAAGAAUCAUUUGGUUGUAUAUGGUGGCAUAAACAAACAGAAAGGAGAUCUAAUUAAUAGCGCUGAAAUAUUAAAUGAAAAAACAUCAUGUUGGAUUGUAUUAAAUGAACAUGGUAAAGUAUAA